AUGGCAACAGAUCUUAAAAGGGGACCAUGGAGUGUAAAGGGCUAUCUGAUUAAUCUAAAACUGUGGACACAAAAUGAGUCAAUACAUGAAGUGGAUCAUAGCUUUCUAGAAUUCUGGGUACAGAUUCAUGGCUUGCCUUUGGAAUACAUGAAUGUUGAAACAGGCAAAUUUAUAGGUGAAAGAAUGGGGAUAGUGGAGGAGGUGGAGGAUCCGGUCAAAAAUAAUAUUUUGGCAAGGUCUUUUCUCAGAGUGAGAGUGGCUAUGGAAGUGACAAAGGCAUUACCUACUGGAUUUUGGAUGAGAAGGGAUAAUCUUCCUGAUGCUAGGAUUCACUUUAAAUACGAAAGAUUGCAAGAUUCAUACUGCUUGAACUGUGGAGUCUUAGGGCAUGGAAGAAAAGAGUGCAACAAUCAAGCAAAAGCAAUACAUGUUGCAAUGGAGAAGGAGGAGGAAUAG